AUGGCUUGUUUGGCCAGGGCCGAGACCACUCCACGCAUACUCAUCGGUCCCCUCAGACGAAGCUCCCGAUUUGUGUGUCUCUCUUCAAGAGAAUCAACCUCGAUAACGAUACCAACAGCCCGCACCAUAAGCACACGACCCCAGUACCCCCGCCAGCAACAACCGCUCCGCCCCCUUCCACGCUCGCCCGUAACACCAGCGACAACGUUCCGGACCUAUCACUCUCACGACCACCCCCCUCCCCCAGGGCCCUUCACCCCGGCCGAAACCGCCCUCCUCUGCGCUGCGUAUAUUCAUGUUCCUAGGCAUGGCUUUACCGCUGAAGCCCUCGCCCGCGGUGCUCGUGAUGCUGGCCUCCUAGAUAUCAGCCCUUCGGUGCUGCCUGGGGGAGAGAGCGGGGGCGCGUUUCGGCUGAUUUGCUGGCACUUGUAUACACAGAGAACGGCGUUGGGAGGGAAGGUGGGGGGGUUGACGGGAGACGCUGGGAGUCCGAUCACGAAUGUUGCGGACAAGGUUGAGGCAUUGGCAUGGGAGAGGUUGAAGGGUAAUGCGGAGGCUGGUGUGGUGGGGAGGUGGCAGGAGGCCCUCGCCGUAAUGGCACACCCAUCCUACGCCCCAACAUCAGUCAAAGAACUAGCCCAGCUCGCCGACGAGAUCCUCUACCUGGCCGGCGACUCCUCGGUCGACCCGUCGUGGUACUCCAAGCGCGCGUCUCUGUCUGCGAUUUACGCCGCCGCCGAGCUCUUCCAGACUACCGACCAGUCUCCCGAUUUUCGCGAGACGCGCGCUUUCCUGCGCCGUCGCCUGCAGGAGGCUGCCCGUAUGGGCGGUGCUGUGCGCUCGAUUAGUGAGUGGAUUGGAUUUAAUGCGGGUGCUGCGGUGAAUGUGUUGCGGAGUAAGGGCGUGAGGAUAUAG